AUGGGUGCUGGAACAACUUCAUUUCAAUUUAUCUAUCAAACGUAUUCAAAACCAGAUCGAGUAAAAGUGUGGAAUGGUGCUACAAAUCUACUUGAUAGUGGCUGUGUUGGUACCGCAAAUGAAGUAACAGUUACACUUACUUUAACAUCUGGCAAUAGUAAUAUUCGAGUCGAUGUGGAACCAAAUUGUACUGGUGGAACAGGCACAGCCUGGUAUUUUAAAGUUGUUUGUCCCAAUAGUUAAGUAAGUUUCUUUAGUGUGCUUGUGAUUUUAUACAUUUUCAUCAAGAUUUCAUGUAUUUCUCAGGCUACAUUUUUUUUUAAACGUAAUAGUUCUGACAGCUUGUGUUACGUCAUUUUCCCUUACAUUUGUACUUUUUUUAAUUAUUUUAUUCCUCCGUUUUUUGUUCAUUCUAUUCACUUAAAUUAUUCAGUAUUUAUUCAUGAAUAAACGACCAAUAUACACUGAACAAAUAUUAUUUAUUCAUUCAGCACAGUGUUCAAGGCGGCUUUUAGCAUAUCUUAGUUGACUAACAGAGCACACAGUUAUAAAGAGGAACUAGUUAGGAUGCAUGAGGGUGUGGAUGUGUGGCUGUGGCUGUGGCCGUGGCUGUGUGGGUGUGAUGGGUGUGGGUGUGGGUGUGGGUGUGGGUGUGGGUGUGGGUAUGGGUAUGGGUGUGUGAUGUGGGUGUGGGGUGUGGGUGUGAGUGUGGGUGUGGGUGUGGGUGUGAUGUGGGUGUGGGGUGUGGGUGUGAGUGUGGGUGUGGGUGUGGGUGUGAGUGUGGGGGGGGGGUGGGGGGGGGGGUGCGGGGGGGGGGGGGGUGGGGGUGGGGGUGGGGACGGCGGGACGG